AUGGACAAAUACGGGUUGAAGGGGUUACUUGGAAUGAUCAAAAUGGAGAAUAACGACCAAACAAUGAUUGCUAACGGCACUGACCUGAGCAUGAUUGGGCUGGACAUGGAUCCAAAGCAUACCAAGGGGAAAAUUUCCAGGUUUUUCGCCUCACCGUGGGUAGAAACGAGUCGUAGUGAGGUGGAGCCAGAUUUUGUGAAGCCGGCUUCCUUUGAGCUCUCUGACUUAUCUCAGCCGGAGGAGCAGAUGAGGAAGUUCAACGACGAGACACUAUUUUUUAUCUUCUACACCAAGACCAGAGACAUCAUGCAGGAAUUAGCGGCAAGGGAGCUGUUCAACAGAAAUUGGAGAUACCAUAAAGAUUUGCAGGUAUGGCUGACUAAGGACUCACAGGUUGAACCCAUUCAGAAUACUCCCCAGAGCGAGAGAGGUGUCUACAUCUUCUUCGACCCACACACUUGGGAGAGCGUGAGAAAGGAGUUUGUACUGUUCUACCAGUCCAUAAUGUAA